CGACUAACCAACUAGAUAAUUCGUGAUCAUACAUCACGUCAACAGCGCCUUCCUUGUUGUUCAUACUUGGUAACAGAACCUACUUACUUAUGGGGAAUCGUUUGUGAUUCCUUCCGUUUCAUCCCCAGAGUUGAUUUGAUAUUUUGCGAACGAUCCAGCAGUGCAGUAUACCAACAUGGAUCCCCAAUCACCCCCAAAGCGGAUGACCCGUGCCAGAGCAGCAAAGGCCGAGUCUACCCUGAAAACCACGAAAAUAAUCACCGCUGCUGCCAAGGCAAAGACAACCCGGAGCACCGCCACGUCAAGUUCGACUUCCACGAAGAGAAAGGCCCGGUCCGACGAAGACGUGGAAGCGGAAGACCAAGACCAGGACAAUGACGAACUAGCCAAACCAGCCGAACCAGAGCCGGUGAUGAAAACUACCAGGAGCCGUGGACGACCAAAGAAGGUGGCCGAACCAGAGCCUGAACCAGCUCUAGCACCUCCGGCCCGCACCCGAGGCAGACCCAAGAAGGUCGUUGAGGAGCCGCCUAAGCAUGAGCCCACCAGAGCCACAAGGGCCACCCGUGCAAGAAAGGCGCUGCUGGAGGAAAACCCUCCAGUUCCAGCCGAGGUUGAAAAGAAGACGACCACCCGGGCUCGAGCCACGUCGACGGCAACGCAGCCAGGCCGGACCACCGUCAAGAAGACGGUCAAGUUUGAGGAGCCGGAGAAGGAGAACAUCGCCCCUCCUGCUGCGUCGAAGAGCAAACCCGCCACAAAAGCCUCGGAGCCUGCCGCUGGACUGCGUGCAAAACCCGUCAGGAAAGCUGCAGCCACUGGACGGGCUACCAGAGCCACCAAGUCUGCCAUCCAGGCUGAGGAAAUGUACGAUAAGCCCGUUCCAUUGAGCCCUAAGAAGAUUACUCAGAUGGCUUUGAACAACAGAGCGGCGGAUUCUGAGGAUGAACUGGCAAUCGACGAAAAGACCCCGGUCAAGCCGAGAGUCAGAGGCCCAGCGAAGCUCCCGGUGCGCAUCGCAAAACCGGACCUCCCACCGCCGGCCAAGUCGGAAGAUGACACGACCAAGAUUCCGACUGUUAUGCUUGGUAGCCCUUGUCGGCGCCUGCCCUCGUCGCCUUGGAAGGACGCGAUGAAGUCUCCAGCAAAGAGGGUCGAGGGGAUAUCGAGUCUGUCUCUGUCCGCUGGCGUUGCCCCGAGUGGCCAGGCUGGCCAGGCUGGCCAGUCGCCAUUCAAGACAUCUCUUCUACAAUCGCCUGCCAAGCGACCUCAGUCCCCAAUCAAGGCCUUCAAUGCCCGAGUCAGUGCCCGACAGGAGCCCAUUGCUUCGCCAUUCAAGGGAUCGUUCAUGUCGCCGGCUAAGCGCCCAUUCUCCCCCAUCAAGGCAUUUGCUUCGGCAAGGAAACAAGACGAGCAGGUUCUUGACCGGACUCCGGGACCGAAGCCGACUCUCCUAGCAACCCCCCUGCCCCAGGAAAGUGCCGGGGUUGGAGAGGAGGAUGUCGGCGCCAUGGAGGACGAGUUCGACAUGCAUCAUGACGAGCUGGAAGAUGACGGACAGCAAGACUCUCCGAGUCGGCGCUUCCCAGGUCGGCUUUCUGCCGUCCUGCCUCGCCACGCCGAUCCAACCCUCGCAAGCGAGAUGUUGACAGUCCAAGAAACAGCUGAAGGGGAUGAGGCAGAUGCGGUGGAGUCGGCCAGACACUAUGUUGUGUCAGAAGCUGAGGAAGACAUUACUGAGGCGGGUGACCCAAUGCACCUGGACGAGCCGGAGGCAGAACUGGCCCAGACGGAGCGGGAAACCACUACGCCACCAGCCUCGCCUCCGAGAUACGCCGGCGCCAUGUUCAGCCUCAGUGGCAGAGACCUACAUCAUCAUGACGAUCUCGACUCCGAGUCGGAGGACGAGCUGGGUCCCAACCCAAGGCAGAGCCAAGCCGAUUCCACUUCAACCUUCGAUGCAUUCCCAGCCACUCCUUGCCCUGCCUCGUCUUCGAGGAUGACAGCGCAUUAUGGGUCUGGCAAGAGUAUCAAGUCUGCUGGCCGAAGCACGGCUAAGAGGCCAAGGAUGGAUGACAAAUUUGGCUUCACCCCUCUGAUCCACCAGUUGAGCGGAUGGACGACGGGCUCGAGUCCCGUCAAGGUCCCUAAAUCUCCGGAUGUUCUCUCGUCUGAGGAUGCCGAGGUUGGUACCCCAGCACAAGAGCAAGAUUCUCCGGCUCCAGUAGAUUCACCCACCAUGAACGCCUUCUUCGAGGAGGCAAUGUCAGCUGACCCUCACGCCGUUGAGCCUGAGGUGGAAGCCGUUAUUGAGGCCGAAGUGGAGGCACCCCUGACCGGCGAGGUUCUUGAGCCUGAAUUUAGCGACGCUUCCAUGUCGGCCGAGGACCUGGCUUUGGUCAAGGAGGCCAACGAGAUGUCACUCAUGGCCCCUGAGCAGUUGGAAGAUUUUGUCGACCAUGGGGAUCCAGACGAGACCCUGUCGGACGCCAGCCAAGAGUAUGGAGACGAAAACGACGUCCCCAUCGAUCCGGCUCUUCUGCCACCAGCACCAGAGGCCACUGUUGUUGUACCUCCUGUUACCCCUCAACGGAUGAUCAUGAGGGACUUCCACACCGUGUCCAAGGUCCCGCUCAAGCCUGCAGACGACUCCACCCCUCGCCCCAAGAUGAGGAAGCGAAGUCACAGCAUCUCACGCCUGCCAGUCCAACGACCGACACAGGGCCUCACCAGGAGCGCGACCGUCAUCUCUUACUCUCCCACCAAGCAGAGGGAGCAGUCCGUGCCAGAGGAACGCGAGACGGGUCGUGCGCAGUCAGUGCCUCCCGUCACGCCAACCAAGUCCGAGAGCGGAUGGUCGAUGGCAGGCACGCCGGCCCGCACUCCCCGGCGCGACCUCAACCCGGCGCUGCUCCGGGGCGCCGUCGUGUUCGUGGACGUCCACACGAGCGAGGGCGCCGACGCGAGCGGCAUUUUCGUCGAGCUGCUGAGCCAGAUGGGCGCCCGCUGCGUUAAGAGCUGGCCGUGGAACCCGAGCAGCCCGCCGGGGCCCGGAGGCGCGCCGGCCUCGUCCAGGAUUGGAAUCACCCACGUCGUGUACAAGGACGGUGGCAAGCGGACACUCGAGAAGGUCCGCGAGAGCGCCGGGGUCGUCCAGUGCGUCGGGGUCAGCUGGGUGCUUGACUGCGAACGCGAGAACCAGUGGCUCGAAGAGGCGCCGUACUACAUCGACACGUCGCUCGUGCCCCGCGGGGGCGCCCGCCGCCGCAAGAGCAUGGAGCCCAAGGCCCUCGCCAGCCUCAACGGCAUUGUGCUUGCCACGACGCCGGCGAGGAGAACCGCCAGCACGGGCAGCGGCAACCCAGACGUGGCGCGCGAGUGCCACACGGCGCCCAGCACGCCCAUGAAUCGCCGGGACAGCGGGUUGUGGAUGCGCACUCCGGAGGACGAGGACAAGGAGAAGGACAGCGGCCACGACCUUGACCACCAUGGCGACGACGCCCACGGUGGAGACAAUACCAUCGAUACGUCGUCGGAGUGGGACUCUGCGUUCCUGACGCCGGUGCCCAAGACGCCGGCUCCCGAGGUGAUCGCGCGCUUCGCGGCCAACGUGACGCCCGUGACGCCGCGCGGGAUGGGGGGUUACGGGGAAGAAGCAGACGACGACGACGACGACGAGCGGGAGCAGAGGGAGGCACUGGCGACGCGCACGUGCCCGCCGAAGCGGACUGGGGCGGAGGCGGAGGCAGCGUACUACGGCGUGCUCGGCGGGGACAAGGAUGAGCGGGUCAUGAUGCGGCUCAUGGCGGCGAGGCGGAAGAGUCUGCAGUUUGCGCCGAAGGUGGGGAGUCCGCUUUCUAGGGCUUGGAAGUAGGAGGGUUUGCUUGUUUGCUUGCUCCUUGAGCUGGUGGUUGUGAGGUUUUUCUUAUUCUUUUCUUUCGGGGAGGCAGGGGCUGGGGUUGGUUGGGGUCGCUUGAUGGUCGUCUAAUUGCUCGAGUUAUGGGCGAUUAUUGUGUGUGUUUCCUCGAGUCACUCGUUUGGGUUCUGAAGGGAAGGGAAUGAUGGCGUUAGGAUCGGCCCAGAUGGCCUGGUCUAGGAGUCUGGGACUGUAGUGUAUUGCAUGCUUGCUGUAUAAAGUACAACUUCAACAUACUGAGCCCCUGUUCGUUGUCGUGUAAGUUCAUGAAUCGUUAGCAGGAAGGAGCUGUUGGGCUGGGUUGAAAGAUGAUCUAUUCCAAUCGUCGAUGGAUGUUGGUUUUGUCUAAAAUACGG